AUGGAACAUUUGAGCAAACUUGAUUUCACCCCUUUGAAUGUAUCUGGUGAGAACUACGUGAGUUGGACAAUGGAUGUUAAGAUCCAUCUCACUAGUAAGAAACUGAGGAUGGCUAUUGUUAAAGAAAAUCUGAUUAACGAAGCCCAGAAGGCUGAAGCUAUGAUUCUGAUUAGGAGGCACUUAGAUGAGGUCCUCCGUUUGGACUACUCAUCGAUUGAGGAUCCCCAAAUACUAUGGGAUGCCCUGGCUAGUCGAUUUGAUCACCAAAAGACAAUCCUCUUGCCUGAAGCAAGAAACAAAUGGAUUCACUUACGGUUUAUGGACUUCAAAAUCGUUAACGAGUAUAACUCUGAAUACAGGGCCAAGAACUAUACUCAGUUUUCAGAGUUGGUCACAGUUCUGCUCCUCGCCGAGAAGAACCUUGAUCUUCUUUUGAAGAACAACCAGGCUCGAACAAGUUGUACUAAACCUUUGCCAGAAGCAAAUUUGGUCAAUCGAAAUCCUCAACCUUUGCCAGAAGCAAAUUUGGUCAACAGGAACAAUCGUGGUGGAGGCAGAGGCCGUGGGUUCAAUCGUCGAGUGAGGGGACGGGGUAAUAGGGGCGGACAUGUUCCUUAUAAUAGGCCACCUAAUGGUCCCUCACAGUAUGGGCAAAGGGGGAAUAUGCCAAGAGGAGGUAACAAUGCUCGACCUAGAGGUGCGCAGCAGAAUAGAGCCCCGAAUCAGAAUCAAAAUCAGAAUAGAGAUACAUGUCAUAGGUGUGGUGGAACUGGGCAUUGGUCACGCACCUGUCGUGCGAGGAACAUUAUGGAUUGUGGUGUAAAUAACAAUGCACCACCGGAGACCAACUUGGUUGAGAUAGAUGUUCUCAAUGAGGAGCCCAUUACUCGACUCCCAAAUCUGGGCACAUCUAACCCAAUAACCCAGUUUGGAAUAUGA